AGCCCAGUUGAUGAAUCUUCUCUCGGCCGCGCGCACACACAAUGUCCGAGUUCCAUUCAUCCGCACACAAAACGAAACAACGGCCGCAGUAAACGACGUUUAGCGACAUUAAACGCAUCACGUUUGUCUCAGUAACCUCGGCUCAUUCACCUGACGUUUUGAUCGUUUGGAAUCCAGCAAGCGUUCGGUACUUGUAGCCCACGAUAAUGACAGUUCACUGAGGUGAUUGUUUGGCGAUGUAGGAUGACAGUUGUGCGUGUAAAUAUCGUUAGGGGGAUGUUGUGAUUGAAUUGUUCGAAGCGAAGAGAUGGCGACAGCGGCCGCCGCCAGGGCCGCCUCUUUUCCGACCCAACAAGCAACAAAUGCCGUCUCGCUGAAACCGAUCGAGGUGCCUCCUACCCUGGUGCAGGGAGAAAAAUUCAUUAAGUGGGAUGAGGACACUGGUGCGGGAACCCCCGUGACCUUGAGGGUGGACCCCAAUGGGUUCUACUUAUACUGGGUGGAUCAAAAUCACGAAAUGGAUCUUUUGGAUAUCGGAAUAAUACGGGAUACAAGAACGGGAAGAUACGCAAAAAUUCCAAAGGAUCCCCGGUUAAGGCAAAUAGUAACGAUGGGCUCGCAAGACACGCUCGAAGAAAAAACGAUGACCGUAUGCUGCGCGAACGACUUCGUAAAUAUAACGUACAUAAAUUUUUGCUGCACAAGAAAAGAAAUCGCUAGAACAUGGACCGACGCACUAAUGAGCCUGGCUUACAAUUUAAAUCAAGUCCACGGGACGACUGUCACUUAUUUAUUGAAAGCGCACACCAAACUGACGUUGAUGACGGAUAAGACCAACAAAAUACCAGUAAAAAAUGUUUUAAAAAUGUUUGCACAAAGUAAAGACGAUAAAAAGCGAGUUGAGACUGUUCUUCAAGAGUUGCAAAUGCCGCACGUCAAAAAUGACACGAUAAGUCCGGAAAAGUUCACUUUCAACGAUUUUUUCCAAUUCUACAAGGCUUUGACGCAAAGAAAUGAAGUCGACAAGAUCUUCAAUGAAAUCUCUGGAGGCAAACCCACGAUGACCACGUCGCAAAUCGUGGAGUUCCUCAACCAUAGACAGAGAGAUCCAAGGUUAAACGAGAUUCUCUUUCCGUACGCCAACUCUGAAAGAGCGCGGGACUUGAUAAACCAAUACGAACCCAUAGCAGCCAACAAGGCGAAAGAGUUACUGUCAUGGGAGGGUUUUCUGAAAUAUUUGAUAUCAGACGAUAAUAAUAUAAUGGCAGCCAACAAGUUAGACUUACAGGACGAUAUGGAUCAACCUUUAGCUCAUUACUUCAUCAAUUCGUCUCAUAAUACUUAUUUGACCGGCCAUCAGCUUACCGGAAAGAGCAGUACCGAGAUGUAUAGGCAGUGCUUACUAUCAGGAUGUCGUUGCGUGGAGUUAGAUUUCUGGAAUGGAAGAUCAGAAGAACCAGUUAUCGUACACGGUUAUACCUUAGUCCCGGAUAUCUCAGCUAAAGAAGUUUUGGAGGCAAUCGCAGAGAGCGCAUUUAAAACAUCAGAUUACCCAGUAAUACUCUCAUUCGAGAACCAUUGCAAUCCCAGACAACAAGCGAAAAUCGCAAACUACUGCAGAGAGAUCUUCGGCGAGAUGCUUCUGGACGCUCCCAUGGAAUCUCACAAGUUGGAACCUGGAAACAGCUUACCGCCGCCAAGCCUGCUGAAAAACAAAAUCAUCAUAAAGAACAAGAAGAAGCACCAUCAUCACCACCACAAGAGAAACGUCACGCCGUCACCGGAAGUUGUCGUAGAACCGACCGGAAAUGGCGACGCGCCGCACGUGCCGCCUUUGCAGCAAAGGCAAGGCUCGAAAGACUCCACGGAAACGGAGGGCGAAGAGUCGUCCAGCGACGAGGAAGUCGAAGCUGCGGAAGCCGAAGCUGAAGCGCCGCAGGAAGAAGCUGCGAAAGAUAAAGUUUCCUCCACGACCGAAACUGAAGCUGGCGCGGAGAUAUCAGCUUUGGUUAAUUAUGUGCAGCCAGUGCAUUUUUCCAACUUUGAAAACGCUAAAAAGAAAAAUAGAAGCUAUGAGAUGUCUUCUUUCGAUGAAAGACAAGCUACUGCCUUAUUAAAAGAGUAUCCAGUACAAUUUGUGAAUUAUAAUAAACAUCAAUUGAGUAGAGUGUACCCUGCAGGCACCAGAUUCGAUUCCUCAAACUUUAUGCCGCAAGUCUACUGGAACGCGGGUUGUCAAUUGGUAGCCCUGAAUUUUCAGACCCUAGACUUGGCGAUGCAACUAAAUCUGGGUAUUUUCGAGUAUAACUUUAGAUGUGGUUAUUUACUUAAACCUGAGUUUAUGAGGCGUACCGAUAGACGGUUCUAUCCGUUUGCUGAAAGUACUGUUGAUGGAAUUAUUGCAGGUACUGUUGAAAUUACUGUGAUAUCUGGACAAUUUUUGACUGAUAAACGCGUUGGGACUUAUGUGGAAGUGGAAAUGUAUGGAUUACCAGCUGAUACGGUGAGAAAAAGGUUCAAAACUAAAGUAGUGCCAAAUAAUGGCAUCAACCCAAUCUAUGACGAAGAUCCAUUCGUGUUUAAGAAGGUCGUUUUACCGGAUCUAGCCUCAAUAAGAAUAGCAGUCUACGAAGAAUCAGGCAAGUUCAUAGGCCAUAGAAUCCUCCCAGUUGUAGGCCUAUGCCCAGGCUACAGACACGUCAGUUUACGAACUGAAAUAGGCCAACCUUUACCACUAGCAACGAUAUUCCUGCUGGUGGUGGUUAAAGAUUACGUGCCAGAUAGCUUUUCCGACUUUGCCGAAGCUCUGGCUAAUCCGAUAAAGUACCAGAGUGAGCAGGAUAAAAGGACGGAGCAGCUGGCGAAGCUGACCGACGAUAUGGAACCGAUUGAAGGUACAGAGGAACAAAAGAAGAACAGCUUGACGAAAGCUAUUAGAGAGCAAGCUACAAAUGGAAGUCCUUUGCAGAGACCGUCAAUAAUAGCUGCGGGUGGUGUUUCUAUAGACGUAACUGAAAACGAGGUUAUAUUGAACCAAUCCAGCCCUAACCCCAUAACUAUUAUGUCCGCUGAGACUAACUCUUUGGCGAAAAUAGAGUCCAAGGAGGACAAAAUCGAGGAAAUAAUCGCUGAACCGUUGGAGAAGAUUCUAGACAACAAAGUGGUGAAGGAAAAGAAACUCGAACUCGACAAGAAGCUGGAAAACCUGCGUAAAAAACACGAAAAAAAGAAAAUGACGCUACACAGCCAAAAAUCCGGGGAUUUCUCGGAAAAGAGGUCGAAACUGAUAAACAUGAAGUUAGUAAAACGUCUAUCAAGAACCAACAUCGUCAGCGGAGUGUUCAGCACGGAAAGUCCGAGCGCCGAACCUUUAACUUCAGUGGCGGACGGGCCCGAAACCAGCGGAUCCGACGGGGAAAGACCGGUGCUGCCCAGAAGUCAUUCCGAGAGGCUUUUGGCCAUCAACAAGGAAUUCGUUUCGCAGGAAAAAGAGUUGAGGGAGAAAUAUCACGAGGUUAUCUACAACUUGGCUGAGAAGGUGAUGAAAACGUCCCAGUGCAACCAAAUGAAGGCUUUAAAGGAUCAGUUCGAGAAGGAAACGACGGACCUCAUGCGAAAGCUGCAGGCGGAUCACAGAGAGGAAGUGAAACAGCUGGCGAAAAAGCACCGAAAUCGCGAGCAGUUCACGCGAGUCAAAAGAGAAGCGGUCACGGCAGUUGUGGGUCGUGGAGUUUCGGAAAGGGAGAAGCUGGAUCAGCUGUUCGAGAACAGGAAGGAGGAGCUGCUCAAGCAGCACGAGAUGGUCAAGGAGGCGCUGACUGAGAAUAGAGCCAAGGCAAAAUCAGCCCUCUCAAAAGAAUUCGACACGCGAUUGGCGCGUGUUGACGGUGAAACCAGCGGCGCCUACUGCUAAAACCACAAAAAAUAAAAAGAAACGCGAAACAAAUAAGUGAGAUUCAAUAUUUUUUGUAAAUACCCGUUUAUACAUACAGAACAAACAACCAAUACAAAAAACGGGUAUUCAAACACGACAGAGAUUGAUUACGUAAUUACGUGGGUAAAUCUAGGAGGCGGUGCCUACAACAGUUCAUGCGACUAAAUAGAUCGAAUUAAACAAAUAAAUAAAUAAAAUAUUUAAAAAUACAUUUUCUUGACAAUCAAUUUUUUUGGGUGAACACACAAUUUAAGAUACUUCCUGUUAAUAUUUAUGAAUAUUAAGAGAAUAGUUUAGAUGAAAAUUGAUGUUUGUUGUUCAUUGUGAUAGUAGAAUAUAGUGAAUAAAAAAAUUAAUUUACGACUACCUACUACUACUUACUACUAAUAAUAUUGUACUGAUCCAAAUUAAUAACGCAUUGUCAUCGUCUACAGGGUGUAUAAAAAAAUUUGAAAUGUUCGCAAAAGUAAUCCUUGCAUAGUAGGUAUGUAGCUUAAAACCACCCUGUACAUACUAGUAGCUUAAAUUAUAUAAGACAAUAAAAUAAUACUGUUACGUUUGAAACAUGCAGUAUAUUAAUUUUUUGGGUGUCUCAGACCGUAUACAAAGUGUUUACAAAUCCUAUAAAAAUACAUUUACCGAAAAUGGCGCAGUCGGUCAAACAUAUUUGUCUCGCCAUGUCUCUAUUGACAAUUUUCAGGAUCAUGAUUUUUCUUCACUAAAAACUUUCUAAAGCCUUUAGGUUUGUAUAGUUUUUAAUAAUUUUUUGUUUGAGAUUUAAUUUUUGGUUUUUAUACCAAAACUAUUAAUUUUUGAACACUUUGUAUAACAUAUUAAUUUAAUGGGGCCUAAAAUUGUAACUAAAUUAUUAUCGGCAAUGUUUUGUUAAUUUUGGAUUCCUACAAACUCUUAUAUAUUGCUUUAAUAAUAUUAAAGUUUUUUCUACAGUAAACAAAAAAUGGAGCCAGUUAUAUUUUACUAUUCGCACAUAUGUAUUAAUUAAUGCAUUUAAUUUUGAUAAAAUUAAUUAAACACCAAUCUGCAAUAAUAAAAAUAAUACAACUUAAAUAUAAUGUAUAUAUAUAUCUAUGAUGCUAAAUCUAGUCAUUUUUCCUUAACGUGAAAUUCCUUUCAGAAAAAACGGUGCUUCAGUGUUUCAUUGUACUUAAAAAAGACUUUUUUUGGUUUGCUUUUUGUGCUAUUUUAGCUUAAAUAACAAUAUUAAAAAACACAAGUUUUAAAAUAUUGUUAUUUUAGCAUUUUUGUACAGUUUAGACCCCUUGUAUAUAGUGUUUAUAAAUUAUUUAUAUGACUAUGUAGAAAUGUUUAUAAUAACACUUAUGAAUCUUUAACUAAAGUUGCCAAAUUUGAGAUUGAAAUGUUUAUUUUACACGUUGAUAUUUUUCGGUUCAAUUUGCCCUAUAAAAGCUUUAUAAGACAAUGCUGUUAUAGGACAGUGCUAAUUUAAGACAAUGUUUUUAUAAGACAACAAUUUUAUAAGACAUUGUUUUAUAGGACAAUACUAUCAUGGCACUGCUAUUUUACGAAAAUGUUUUUAUAAGACUGUUUUAUAGGACACAGCUUGUUAUUGUUUUUUAAUAAAACAGAUAAUAUUUAUUGUUAAAUCGUGGGAUAUUUUUAUCCUUCCAUUUCUUAUGUCUACAAAUAAAGGUGCCAUUGUUGAAAUUUCGGUAUCGAAAAUAACUGUUUUCGGGACUGUGAAUUUUGUUGAAAAAGUUCAAACGUAUUUUUUGUUGCGCACACUUUCGCACAAUUUUUCCCUGAAAAUAAAAAUUUGGCUAACAAAAUUUGCUUCAAAUAUAUAAAGAUGUUUUAGGCGUCGUACGGGGUGUUUAAAAAUAACGAACCACCAGACUAAAAUAAAUAUUUCCUAUUUAUUUUGAUAAAACUAUAAAAAUGUUAAAAUUUAAAUUAAAACCAACAAAUUUUAAGCAGUGAUUGGUUAUUUUCGUACACCCCGUAUUUAUUGAUUCUUGUUGCUAAAAUUAGUGAAAUUAAAUAACUGUUAAAAUAAGUGGUUGUUACAGUAGUUUUUAGGGUUAGACUGUACUUAUUAAUUAAAAAUCAGUCAAAAUUAUAAUGCAAAAGGUUUAGAGACUUUCCUUUAUGAUUUUUAAGUUUUACAUGACGGCCUACAUACAAGUUUUUUAGGAUUAUAUAUUUAAACUGAUAAAAGUCUAGUCAUAUACAGAGUGUUGCUAUUUUUGCUUCGUUAUAAUUGUGAAACGCUCUGUGCUCUGUGCGAUAGUUAAAUUAUGUCCAAAAAUUUGAAACCUAAUAUUGAUAAUAUAGCUAUACAGCUUAAUUGAGCUAAUAUAACUAAACUCAUACUACACUAUAUUACCGAUGUUAGGUGCCCAAUUUUUGGACAUUAAUUUGACCCCCCGUUUCGUCCCACAGUGUUAGGUAUAUCUAAAAAUAUAGAAUGUUAUGUUUAUGUUUAUAAAAUUUAUUUAUUAUUGUUAUAAGGCAAAAAAUACUCUAGUUUUUUUUUUAAUACUUGGAUAUGAUUUCGUACAUUCCAUCACAAAAAUGUUCGGUUUUUGUGACUUUUUUUCAGUAGUGAAUCUCGAUUUUUGUAUUUUUCCAACUGUGCCUUUUAACCAUUUAAUAAUUUUAAUUGUAUACUGUUCUUUAUUAUCUAAGUCAUGUAUUUAAGAAAGUGUUAAUGUCUGAAUAGAUAUAUGUGCUAAGAAAAACGAUUUUUAUUUAAAUUUCCCCUUUACAAAAAUAUUAAUCCUAAAAAGUCAAGGUGACAUUUAUAAAUUCAUAAUUAAAAAUAUAUUUGUCAAAAUUUCCCCUUUUUGGGAUCCAUAAGCUAAAUUGUUCCAAAGAUAUGGGUACAAACGACGUUAUAGAGAUCGCAAAAUUUUGCUGCGGUCUGAUGGUUAUAGCGUAUGCAGUGAAAGUUAUAAAAAGUGGGGCAUGAUUGUUGAGUUUUAUUUUGCAGUUUACUGAUGUUUUUUGAGAGUUAUACCGUUUAUAUUUUUGAAAUGGAACAAUAAAAAUUUUGAUGCAACCUUUAUUUUUAUUUUAUAAGUAAUAUUAAACGCCUAUCUUGCAUUUACAAAACUCGUGGUUUAUAUUUAUAAAUAAGUAUAAAAUUAAUCAUAAAUCUUUCGUAACCUUUAACCUUUAACUAUUUUGGUUAGUACCU